AUGCCCGCCACACCGGCCAAGCGCGGCGGCAGUGCGGCAUCGUCCCCGUUCAGCAAGCUGGCACAGAACGUGUCGGCCUCGCCCAAGAGCCCUCGAUCAGAGCCGCGCGAUCCUUUCGAUGCGUUUUUGGUGCCGCGCGCGCUCGAGGGGACACAUCAUCGCAAGUUGCGUGCGAUCCUGCAAGACUUUCUCAAGGAGGCCACGGCAUGGGAAGAAGAGCACACGAUCGAUGGGAUUCGGUGGGCCACGCAGGCGUCCCAGGCAUGGGACGAUAUCCAUGCGGCACUCGGCACGGCUGAAGAUACCCAUCUAGACCGGUCUGAGCGGAUCAUACCCCUCCUACUCCAGCUCGAAGAGGCGCGCGCUUCCCUGGGCAAGACGCUUUCGCGGCUCGAGCGGCACGCACAGCGCAUGCAGAUGCUCGUGGAUACAGCGCACGCACUGCUCCACGACACGGCCAGCGCGCACGCCUCCAAAGCCUUCCAGGAGCCCAUGUGGGGCACAUGGAGCAUGGCGCGCUUUGUGCGCGCCAUGUCGUGUCUCUCUACGCAGUAUGACCUGGCUACGACGCAUACCCGCAUGCUUCUGCCUGAUCUAUGUGAGGUCUCGGAGGGCGCGCCGCAUCGCGCUGCGCUCGCUACGUGGGUCCGACUGCCAUGCGUCCACACAUCCGGCAUCGGUGCGAACGCGCCAGCCUUUGGCUCCGAUGCCGAGACGAUCACCGGCACCAGUCGGCAUUUUUUCGAGCACAUUUGCGAGACAGAAGUCCGCGGUUGGACAUAG